UCCUGGGGGUGCAAUAAGCCCGGCACCCCCUCUCUUGCUUUUAGCUACCCCGCCUCAUCCUCCAGAACGGCAAGAGGGAGGGAAGUAGAAGGGAGGUGAGAGGCGAGCGGGAAGAGCGGCGGCGCGCCAGCUGCUUGAGCGAGAAAAAGUUUUUGCAAAAGGGAAAAAAAAGUUUGCGCUUCUCGCGGGUGGUCCCGGCUCGCGGCCCGGCGGGCUGGGCCGGCGGGAGGGCUGGCGGCCAGGUUAGUGGGGGGUGGGGGUGGCACUGAGGCUGCGCUGCCGUGGCCCUGUCCGCCCCCCCUCCCCACCGCACACCCCCCAGCCCAGACUCUAGCCCUGGACCGCGCAUCCCGAGCCCUGCGCCCAGAAGGAGAAACAUCUCACUUUCAUGAGUUUGGGAUGAAGAGGCUGGAGGGACUGCUAGCUGGAGGUCUGCGUGGUAGAGAGGGAGCUCCAGGUGUGUCCUGAGCGCCGGCAGGAAGACGUCAGUGUUUCUGCAAGGAGGGAACAGCUAAGGAGAGAGCCCUAGAGUCCCCACACUCUCCUCUCAGACACCAUGUUCAACUCGAUGACCCCACCUCCGGUCAGUAGCUAUGGCGAGCCCUGCUGUCUCCGGCCCCUCCCCAGUCAGGCCCCCAACAUGGGGACAGAAGGACUGCCUGGUCUGCCCUUCUGCCACCAGGCCAACCUCAUGUCUGGCCCCCACAGUUAUGGGCCAGCCAGAGAGACCAACAGCUGCACUGAGGCCCCACUCUUCCCUCCUCCCCGAAGUGCAGUCAAGUUGACCAAGAAGCGGGCCCUCUCCAUCUCACCUCUGUCAGACGCCAGCCUGGACCUGCAGACAGUCAUCCGCACCUCACCCAGCUCCCUUGUGGCCUUCAUCAACUCACGCUGUGCAUCUCCUGGGGGCUCCUAUGGGCACCUCUCCAUCGGCACCAUGAGCCCAUCUCUGGGAUUCCCACCCCAGAUGAAUCACCAAAAAGGGACCUCACCUUCCUUCGGGGGCCAGCCCUGUGGUCCCCAUGACCCCACUCAAGGUGGGAUGAUGCCACAUGCUCAGUCCCGGGGACCCCUCCCAACUUGCCAGCUGAAGUCUGAGCUGGACCUGCUGGUUAGCAAGUGCCCAGAGGAGCCUUUGGAGGGCGAUAUAUCUAGCCCCAACUCCACAGGCACACAGGAUCCCCUGCUGGGGAUGUUGGAUGGGCGGGAGGACCUGGAGAGAGAGGAGAAGCCAGAGCCUGAAUCUGUGUAUGAGACUGACUGCCGCUGGGAUGGCUGCAGCCAAGAAUUUGACUCCCAGGAGCAGCUGGUGCACCACAUCAACAGUGAGCACAUCCAUGGGGAACGGAAGGAGUUCGUAUGCCAUUGGGGGGGCUGCUCCAGGGAGCUGAGGCCCUUCAAAGCCCAGUAUAUGCUGGUGGUCCACAUGCGCAGACACACGGGCGAGAAGCCACACAAGUGCACGUUUGAGGGGUGCCGGAAGUCAUACUCACGCCUCGAAAAUCUGAAGACGCACCUGCGGUCACACACGGGUGAGAAGCCAUACAUGUGUGAGCACGAGGGCUGCAGUAAAGCCUUCAGCAAUGCCAGUGACCGAGCCAAGCACCAGAAUCGGACCCACUCCAAUGAGAAGCCGUAUGUGUGUAAGCUCCCGGGCUGCACCAAACGCUACACAGAUCCUAGCUCGCUCCGGAAACACGUCAAGACGGUUCACGGUCCUGAUGCCCAUGUGACCAAGCGCCACCGAGGAGACGGCCCCUUGCCCAGGGCACCGUCCCUGUCCACAGUGGAGCCCAAGAGGGAGCGGGACGGAGGCCCCGUCAGGGAGGAGAGCAGACUGACCGUGCCGGAGGGCGCUGUGAUGAUGAAACUCAGGCAUAUAGACAAACGGUCCAAGGUCACAGGACUGGGUGCGAAUUUGAGCCCAGGCAGUCUGUGCUCCAGCCUAGGCCCUUCUCUUCAACAUCGCUCCAGUUUGCCCCCGACCUGCACCUGCUCAGCCCUCCCUACAUCUAAGCCACAGCCCAGCCCUGGGGCCCAGUCGUCUUGCAGCAGCGACCACUCCCCAGCCGGCAGCGCAGCCAAUACAGAUAGUGGUGUGGAAAUGACUGGAAAUGCAGGGGGCAGCACUGAGGAUCUGUCCAGCUUGGAUGAGGGGCCUUGCAUUGCUGGCACUGGUCUGUCCACUCUUCGCCGCCUUGAGAACCUCAGACUGGACCAGCUACAUCAACUUCGGCCGAUAGGGCCCCGGGGCCUCAAACUGCCCAGCCUGACCCAUACUGGCACCCCUGUGUCCCGCCGCCUGGGCCCCCCGGUUUCUCUUGACCGCCGCAGCAGCAGCUCCAGCAGCAUCAGCUCAGCCUAUACCGUCAGCCGCCGCUCCUCCCUGGCCUCCCCUUACCCCCCUGGAUCCCCACCCGAGAACGGGGCAUCCUCUCUGCCUGGCCUCACGCCAACCCAGCACUACCUGCUCCGGGCAAGGUAUGCUUCAGCCAGGGGAGGUGGUACCCCCCCAAUGUCAGCACCCAGCCUGGACCGGAUGGGGAGCCUUCCUGCACCUCCCUGGAGAAGCCGAGCUGAAUACCCAGGAUACAAUGCCAAUGCAGGGGUCACCCGGAGGGCCAGUGACCCGGCCCGGGCUGUUGACCGCCCUGCCUCAGCCCGAGUCCAGCGGUUCAAGAGCUUGGGUUGUGUCCACACGCCCCCCACUGUGACAGGGGGAGGACGGAACUUCGAUCCCCAACUCCCAACCGCUGUCUACUCACCACAGCCCCCUAGCAUCACUGAGAAUGUCACCAUGGAUACCAGAGGGCUGCAGGAGGAGCCAGAAGGUGGGACCUCCAUGAUGAGCAAUGGUCUAAACCCCUAUAUGGACUUCCCACCUACUGAUACUUUGGGAUAUGGGGGACCUGAGGAGGCAGCAGCUGAAGCGUAUGGAGCUAGGGGUCCAGGCUCCCUGCCUCUUGGGCCUGGUCCACCCACCAACUAUGGGCUGAACCCCUGUCCCCAGCAGGUCUCCUAUCCUGAGCACCCACCUGAACCAUGGGGUGAGUUUCCUUCCCACUCUGGGCUGUACCCAGGUCCCAAGGCUCCAGCUGGAGUCUAUAGUCAGUGUCCUCGUCUUGAACAUUAUGGACAAGUGCAGGUCAAGCCUGAACAAGGGUGUCCAGUGGGUUCUGACUCCACAGGACUGGCGCCCUGCCUCAGUGCUCACCCCAGUGACGGGCCUCCUCGCUCACAGCCUCUGUUCUCCCACUAUACGCAGCCUCCCCCUCCCCAAUAUCCCCAGUCAGGUGCCUAUACCCAGCCACCCCCUGAUUAUCUUCCUUCAGAGCCCAGGCCUGGCCUGGACUUUGACUCCCCCACUCACUCCACAGGACAACUCAAGGCUCAGCUGGUGUGUAAUUAUGUUCAGUCUCAAAAGGAACUGCUCUGGGAGGGUGGGGGCAGGGGAGAUCCCCCAGUCCAGGAAACUCUCUACCAGAGUCCCAAGUUUCUAGGGGCUUCCCAGCUUAGCCCCAGCCCUGCCAAGGGACCAAUGGCCACGUAUGGACCUGGCUUUGCACCUAACUUGCCCAAUCACAAGUCGGGCUCCUAUCUUGCCCCUCUACCCUGCCAUGAAAAUUUUGCAGUAGGGGCAAGCAAGACCCCCCAUAGGGCAACAGCACCACCCCGACUUCUGCCCCCACUGCCCACUUGCUCUGGGACCCUCAAGGCAGGGAGCACCAACCCCAGUUGUGGUCAUCCUGAGGUAGGCAGGCUGGGAGGGGGUCCUGCCUUGUAUGCUCCUCCUGAAGGGCAGGUGUGUAACCCUCUGGACUCUCUUGACCUUGACAACACUCAGUUGGACUUUGUGGCUAUUCUGGAUGAGGCCCAGGGGCUGAGUCCUCCCCCUUCCCAUGAUCAGGGGGACAGCUCUGAACAUACCCCACCUCCCUCUGGGCCCCCCAACAUGGCAGUGGGCAACAUGAGUAUCUUACUGGGAUCCCUGCCUGGGGAGACACAAUUUCUCAACUCUAGCGCCUGAAGAGUGAGGAAUCCAGCAACCACAGAUCCAUUUCCUAAGGGGUUUCCAUCCCCUCAGAGAAGUUGGGAGGAGGAGCCAGAGCCCCAUGGGAUGCCCCAGAGAUGGGAGGUAUGGGUUGGGGCUGUAUACCUUCUGUAUAUGUUCUGGGGAGGAAUUUGAUAAUGACACUGUUUUUGGAUAAUAAAGGAACGGCUUCAGAAAGCA